UUGAAAAAUGAAGAGUUCCGUGAUUCUUGUGUUGAUCUUCGUUCUUCUGAAUUGGAUUGAAAUAUCGCAUCAGGCUCCCCCACCAAAAGCUCGAAGAGCUAGCUUAGCGCAAACUGCUCAUCAAGCUGCGUCAUCUCGAUCUGCCAAAGUUGAGUUAUUCGAUGUUUUGGACUCCAACAAGGAUGGAUAUGUAACUAUGAAAGAUUUUUCCACCUUUUGCCAUGGGCAGGCUUUUGACGGGAGAGUAUAUAACGCUAAUGAAAUUUUUGAAACUAUUGGAGACGGGGCAAACAGACAGCAAUUCACAAGGAAUGGCAAACCCAUUUAUAAAUCAGUGGAUCUACUACAGCUGAGACCGAACGGUUAUGAUUCAUCAGCUCUCAUUAAGGUCCUGGGGAUUACCGAUGUACAAGCCAAGAAAAUAUUGGAA